UGUACUGGACCGUGUACUCUUCGACGAUAUCUAUGAAGAAGGAGAAUGCGCGUCGUCGAAAGUUGCAUGUCGCUAAACUAAUGUACGAAUCGAAAGAAGCCGAACGACGACUCGCGUCUAAGGGGGAGGAGAGCGAAAGCGUAGUUACCGGGUCCCUCGCGGCACUUACGACAGAUCCUGAUUUCCCGCGAUACAAGACACCGGAAGACAACCAAGAUCUCUAUAAGCAGCUGUUGCUCGACCAGGCGGCAAAAACGCCCCGACCGGAGAGACGGUUCUCUAGGGUCAGCUCUUUCAAGAGAAAGAAACAGGACGAUAUCGCGUGCAAAAAGAUUCGUUCCGAUCGUACGUCGAUCGAAGAAACUCCCAAGAGGGACGUUACCCAGGCGUUAGGUCUGCGACGAGAAUUCGAGGAGAACGAAUUCUCAUCGAACGAUUCGUUCCGGUAUCUAAUGUCAGAGUCUCGCGUUUGUUACGACGAAAAUCGUCGCGUCGUCGCCUCUUAUAAAUCCGUCAUGGACGAAUUGAAAAGACACGCGUCGAGCAACGGCCUGGGAUCACCGUCUCUCUACAAACAGAUACUGAUAGGCGAAGCACUGAAACUGACACCGGUCAAGCAGAGGCGCGUUAUAGUGAGUAAGAAACGUAAAAGAAACAGCCUGGUGCGCCGUACCGUCAGAACUCGCAGACAGAAGCAUUCUAAAUCGAAGCCGGCCAGAAGCGCGCGCAAAUCGUUCGGUUACCUAGGCAGUCCACCUAGCGCAAGCGUGUCUUUGAUAGUCCCACCGCUCGAGGACGCUUCUCUUCCUCCCGCGUCCGAUACCGCGCUCCACAAAAUAUCCCGAUCCGUCGACGACAUAGCGAUGAAAAUCGGCAAAACGAUCGCCUCGCCGUUCAGGCUGUCACGUGCGAGAAAUUUCGACGAUGUCGCUCGAUGGAGAGACGAGAAUCAAAACGACGUAUCGACGCGACGAUCGAAGAGUAACUUUUCAAGUCCGAGACGUUUCUUUCGAGAUAGAAAGUCGAGCCUUUUCCAGCAACACGAAUCUACCAUUAACGCUUUCGAAGAAUUCCGAGGAUCUUUUAUAAACGUUACCGACGCGACAGCAACGACGACGCCAAAGACUACGACUGUAUCGCCGUCUGAACUGAAACGCGACGAUACCCUAAUGGCCCCUGGGAACAACGGACAGACAGUUCUAAAGAAAAGACAUCGAAGAAAGAUUUGGAGAUUUUGGUAAUCGAGUGGAAAUCACUAUCUAGAUGCGACGCGUUAAGACUGAUUUUUAAUAAGUUCCAAUGGAACACGGUUCCACGUUGUUAUAAACAAGACUGCUCUCGAUGCUGUGAUCAUUGUAUUUUUAUAUCGCGACAAGACUGAACAGAUUUUACAUGUACGACAGGGUUAUUUCACGCGUUUCCUAUUCCCUUAUCAAGAAUCUCGAUACACUUUUACUGACAUUGUAAUUUUUCUAUUUUUUUUUUUUUUUCAAAACUGCCCAACAGGACCGACUGCCACGGACUUGUACAUACACUUUGUAUCGUUACCUUGUCGAGGAAUUUUGAAAUUAAAAUUACUGAAAAUGCGCGUGAGCUUGUAUCGAUCUGCUGUAAUCGUAUUCGUUUGUAAAUAUCGUAAUAUGUUUGAGUAAAUAAAGAGAUUUGUUGCACCAUC